AUGUUCGAAUCCAACGUUAAUUCUUCCAAUGACAAUUCCAAAGCCAAUUCCAAAGCCAAUGCGAAUGCGAACGCAAAUGGCGAUUCGAGUCACCCUCAGAACGUCGGCAAGGGCAAGAGCGACGACGAGCACAAAGAAUCGUGGAUGACCCUUCAGAUCGAUAAAGUAAAAGAAUGGUUUAAACAAUUAAAGGCCGACCUCAAAAAAGACCGUCUUUGGCAGCAUAUCUUGAAAUGCUCGAUUGCUACGGAGUGUGCCCUGAUAAUAUGUCUUAUACCAGCGGUGGCAUUGGAAUACGGUCCUGCCGUCUUCUUGGGCGCUAUAGUAUCCGUAUUCGGCCACCCCGGUAGAAACCUCGGGGCGAUGCUUGAGACCAUUGUAUUUGCAUUGGUUGGGGCCCUGGUUGGAAGUGGAUGGGUCACAUUCGCAUCUUAUGUAUCUGAUCUAAUCUAUAGAAACAACGUGGAGAAUGCUCAUGCCUUCCGUGUUAUAAUUCUCGUCAUUUCGCUGCUGGUGCAUGGCUAUCUGCGCAGCAAAAUCCCCAAGAUAUUUGUGGGUGUACUGUUGUUCUUACUUACGGUGAUUAUUCAGAUGACAACUCCAAACUUCCAAUUCAGUGCCAAAGUCGCAACUACUUUUUUGUAUCCGUUCCUAACGGGUAUAUUGAUCUGCACAUUCGUGAAUAUAUUGGUCUUUCCCGAAUUCAGUUCUGGAAAAGUUGCUGUUGUGACGGUUAAGGGUUUGGAGCUUGCGCUUGAGACACUCAAAGAUGCUACUGACUUUUUCGUCUCGCCGACUGAUGGAGUUCGGAAGACCUUAUCUAAAACAGAGGAGAAGAAUGGGAAAGCCAAGGAUGAAGACAGCGACAAAGACGAUGACAAAGAGGAGGAGGAGGGGGAACAAAAGGAAGACCCCUUAAAAAAACUCCUCUCCGCUAGAGAAAAACUUCGAAAAGCCGUUGCAUCAUCAAAAGCUACCCUAAAAGAAACUUCUUUCGAAAUAGGUUAUUCUUGUUUAGCCCCCGCUAAACUUCACCCCAUCAGCUCGAAGGGAUUAGAUGCUCUUGUUACUUCAACGCUUACACUAAUAGGAGCUUGCGAGACAAAGCACAUCAUUUUGGGGGAUGAUAAUGAGGAGAAGAAAAAGGAAGAGCCAGCAGAGGAAGAAGAAGAAAAGAAGGAUGAUGAUGAAAGUGAUAUGGACUCGAUCAAAGAGAAACUGGAGGUUAUUCGACCUAAAAGAGAGGCCGAAGUUGCAGAUGAGGAGUUUUUGAAGCAUUUGAUUGAGAGGGUCGAUGAGCCGUUGACAACAAUAAGGACUACUCUACGGCAAAGUAUCACUGCUUUAAUUGCAUGCAUUGAAUUUUCGUGCGAUGUCCCGAUAACACCUGAAAACCAAUCUCGAAAACCGAAGGGCAUUCUCCUAAAGGAGAUCGACAUCUACACUAAUGCUACUGAAGUCGCGCUUGUGGAAUUUGAUAAGAAAACAAGGGAAGCGCUGCAUAAAGCUGCCGAAAAAGCCAGCGAGGAGGAAGAGGUUGAAUUUGAUAUUCUCCCCCGUGAGGAGAUUUUCCUUGUUAGUUCGUUUUUGCUGAACUUUAGGAUUGCCGCGCAAACCACCUUGGAUAUGCUGAAAGAAGGGAGGGACAUGGUUGAAGAGUAUGAUGGGCUCAAGGGGAAGAAAAGUUUUCAUUUGCCCGAUUUCAAGUCUAAGAAGUGGCUGUUCAGUGGUUCUGCAGAACAGAGUGAAACCCUCGAUACUAAUGCUAGGGAGAACGUAUCUCGCUAUCAGAAGACUGCCGGAGCUGGAAAUGCAGACCAAAAAGCUGCUACCCAGCAGAAAAAGGACGGAUCCGGGACCGAUAGCAAGAAAGGAUCUCUGAAGAAAACAGACAAAAAGACCGACAAGAAAGCUGAGGGGGGAAAGUCUAAAGGAGGGAAAGGAGAGAACCCCGAAGCCCAAAAAUCCGAAAGGAAAGGGGGCAAAGAAGAAGAAGGAGAAGAACCGGAAUCGUGGCCUACACGUCUACGAGGUGCAUUGGCUGACGUUGUGGAUUGGGUCGUUACAAGUCCCCAUUUACACUACGCUCUCAAACUCGCCAUUGGGGCCAUGCUUCUCAGUUGGCCCGCUUUCGUUCCCGAAUUCUCAAUUUUCUUCUAUACCUACCGCGGGUUAUGGGUGAUAGUUAUCUACAUCCUCGUUUUCGAAAACUCUGUAGGCACAUCUGUCCAGGUCUUCGCCUACAGAACCGUCGGCACUAUUAUCGGCUCCCUCUGGGGCUACGCUGCCUGGAGUGCAGGAAGGGGAAACCCAUAUGUCGUCGCCGUAAUGCUCUACUUUGGCUUCCUGGUCGCAUUCUAUAUUCAACUUAAUACCCGCUACGUCAAAGCCGGGAUGGUUUUAACCAUCUCCAUGGUUGUCGUCUCCGUGGGUACAUCGAUAGACUACAUACCAGGCACAGUCCGGGGUACUGCACUGGAAAACUGCUUGAAAAGAGCGAUAGCGAUGAUAAUCGGUGGGUCUGCGGCAGUGAUUGUUCAAACGGUUAUAUUCCCUGUUAAAGCUCGAGUUAAGCUCGUGGAGACGAUUGGGCUUGCGGUGUUAAAAAUCAAUGAAAUGGAAAGUGCGAUUGCAUUUGGAGUCGACCAGACCACGAAUAUCGAGGAUUUGGCGAAUGAGAAUGCGGUCAAGGCAUUUUAUAAGGCUAGGAAGAAGGCGGAUGUCUCGUUAGCUGCGGCUUCUGCUUAUUUGACUGUGUCUACGCAAGAGCCGAGAAUUAAGGGCAGCUUUUCAACUGACAAGAUGAUAUAUAAAGAGAUCAUAUACGUCCUUCAUCAAAUAAUCGAUAGGAUGGAGAACGUGUUACAACUUCGACUGCAACUUGGUUCUGCGGUUCUAGAAAACUACUACGUUUAUGUGUACAAGUACCGUCGUAAUGUGGCUGCCGCAAUAACAAUAACCUUAUAUGCUGUACACGAAGCACUAACUAGCAAACUCCCACUACCACAAUAUUUCCCCUCCGCCCGCCUAGCACAACUGCGUAUGGUCAAUCGUGUCCGCCAGAUCCUCAUGGAAUCAGUAUCUACGAACAACAACAAUGAAAACAUCACGGAAGCCCAAGAAGCCGAAGAUACCGCCAAAAGAAUUCUCCGAGUCGAGUUUAUGAGUUAUAAUGCUUCGUCAGCGGCGUUAGAACAGGUUAUAGAAUGGCUUGAAGAACUGGUGGAUCUGACAAAGUUACUGAGAGGGGCGGCGGAAUUCAGAGUGGGACUAUUGUCGAGACCGACGUAUAGAGAGUGGGUUAGGCAGAUUAGUAUCGGUGGCGGCGGUAUAGAUGGUGCACCGCCCCCAUCACCUCUACCGCCACUGUCACUGUCACCGGCGGGUGAGAAACAAAAACCUACGAAGGAGGAGGAACCCGAACAACAGAAGCAACAGCAACAACAGCAGCACGGAGAAGGAAAUCAUCAUAGAUUGACUAGGAUCAUAUCUUCGACAAGGAAACAAGAUGUUGACACUGAAGACGGAGAAGCAGGGGAUGGGAUACCGGAGCCGUUAAAGCGGGUACAAUCCCGACAUCGGGAGAACAGAGCCGGUGUUAGACGACUAAGCCAAUCCGGCGGCCUACCGGAACGAGUGGAUGCGCUAAGAAGAGCGGCGAGGGGGUUAUAA